AUGAGCUCAAUCUUUUAUAUCAUUGGGUCUACCCUACUCUUGCAUGCCGGUUACUCGUCAUUUGAGUUCCAUCUGCUCAUUAAGGCAAGACAUGACAAUCUCGCUUUACCAACAGAUAUCAUACUAGAAGUAAUCUGUGGGAUAUUAAUACUUAUUGCUGGAUCAAUUAAUUCUACUAAAAAUACCCCAUUCUUAUCUGCUAGUGGGAAAUUAAUCAACCCAACAGAUACACAUUUAAAAAAUAUAGAUUUCAGAAAGGCCACUAAUGAAUUCCAACAAAUUGAAGUCAAUCCAUAUGAAGAUCUUGAUAGUAGAUUAGAAUUUAUUAAUGUUAAAGAAAAGCGUGCAGAAUAUAAGAAAUGGGUUCAAAAUGAAACUGAUAAAAUAGAAUUAAUAUAA